AUGGGCAGUGUAGGAGACUGCGGGGAUCCUGUGAAUUCACAGGCAGCCCAAAAGCAUCUAGCCUUGGGUCUCAUGCACUUGAAGAAACUGUUCAGUGAAUAUUCAUACCCCACUCAUCCGUUAUCUGAACCUGAAAAAGAGGAUAACUGUACAAUAUUGCUCCCACUUUUCUGUAAGGUAUUUGGAUCAAGCCCAACAUGUGAUCUUCAAGAGAAAUUUGCCGAUGUCUUACCCUUCACACAACAUGUCAGUAAACUCAUGGUAACAGAAAUAAGAAGGCGUGCCUCCAAUCAAUCAACUGAAGCUGCAUCUUGUGCCAUAGUACGAUUCCUGGAGAUUGAGAGCUGUGAAGAAAGCAGUAAUGGAUGGAUGUUACUCUCAGCCCUUAAUCUCCUGGCUGCUGGACCACCCACACUUAUAGAGGUACUAAGUAUGCUGAACGGAGCUGCACUUACAAAGGUCAUGACUGCAGCUUCACUGCCAUCAACGUUAGUCAAGUGCUUAUACCUAUUUUUUGACCUACCCGAAGAUGAAAGUCCAGCUGCUAAUGUAGCGGAUCAAGCUGAUAAUAAUGCCACAGAAUUUUCCUCUAGUGAAAGAAGAAUAUUACUUCAAAAAGUUUUUGUACAGUUAAUGGUUCGACUAUGUUCUCACGUUGCCCCUGCUGAAGAAUUGGCAAGAAAAGAUGACUUGACAUUGCUCUUCUCAGCUAUAACCUCAUGGUGCCCACAACACAAUGCUCUUUGGCGUAAAAGUGCAGCUGAAGUGUUAAUGACUUUGUCUAGGCAUGGACUUUCACAGCCUGUUGUCAGUUAUAUUCACAAUAAAGGUUGUGUAGCUCUUUGUGUUGACAACAUGGAACGAGGCCAAGAUCUGUCUCCUUUAGAAAUCGUGGAGAUGUUUGUUACUGUCUUCUGCUUUCUCAAGGAUUCUUCAGAUGUCUCUCAAACAUUACUCGAUGAUUUUAGAUCUUCACAAGGCUAUGCCUUUUUGGCUGAAUUUUUACUAAGGUUGGAGGGAAAUACUACCGAUGAAAGUCGAGAGGCCUUAAGGAACCUGGUUCUACUUGUAUCAUCCCUUUCAUAUUGUGGCUAUGUUGAAUUGAAGCCUUCAUCUGCCUCCAUUGGGUCACUUUUUCAUAUGCCAGGAUUCACUUUACCUGUUCCCUCAGGCAGAGGUGCAAGUGUAAGAAAUGUACAAGCAUUUAAUGUUCUCCAGUCAGUUUUUCUACGUGGUACUACUGCUAACCUGUGUUCAGUUAUUUUGGAUGCUAUCUCGGCUGUUUAUCAUUCUGACUCAGCAAACUAUUUCAUCCUUGAACCUCAGCACACAUUGUCUACAUUUGCAGAAAAAAUACAUACUAAACCAAAGGAAAUACAGGAGAAGUAUUUCCAGUUACUUGAAUUCGUGGUUUUCCAGCUCAACUUUGUUCCUUGCAAGGAACUCAUUUCACUUUCCAUCCUGCUAAAGGCUCAGCACUCAUUAUCAUGCUCCAUCAUCUGUAUAAACACAUUACUUACAAUCCUCAAGCAUAAUGUCAUUUUCAAAGAUGUCUACCGUGAAGUUGGAAUGUUAGAAGUAUUUGUUACUUGUCUCUCCAGAUAUCAUGAGCUAAUCAAGUCAAAGAAAGAUCAAGACUCAGGAAUUAAAAGUGAUAACGUAAACCUUGAGGAGCGAUUAGGCUUUUUGGUUAUGGAAGCAUUGACGCACCUUCUUUCUGCUAAUAGUCAGAAUGCUGCUGUCUUCCGUGAGUCUGGAGGAGCUAAGUGUGCAGUAGCUCUUGUGCCUCAUCUUGAAUGCCGACUUCAGGCUCUAAGUGUUAUGCAGCAGCUGAUUUUAGCAAGUGGAAGUGAUGAUGACAUGGGAUCUCUCUUAGGUUUGCUACACUCAGCUCCUCCAAUCGAAUUACAGCUUAAAAUAGAUAUCCUCAAGUCUCUUCUGGUGUGUCUGAAAGAGUCUCAUAGAACAAGGACAGUUUUCCGCAAAGUUGGAGGCUUUGUCUAUGUCAUGAGUGCAUUGGUCAGCUUAGAAGGAAGCUUAGGAGAUGUGAUGCCCACAGUUUGGAGUACUGUUCCUUCCCGUCAGAUUCUGACUCUUUUACUAAAUGUCUUUCACACAUUAACAACUGCCAUGAGAUUUGAACCAGCCAAUGCUAAAUUCUUUCAUCAGGAGAUUUGUUACACUAGUUUCUGUGAUACUCUCCGACUCCUUGGUUGUUUUAUGACUGCCACAAACAUUCAAGACUCAUCUAAAGAUAUUGUACCUCUUGGCCAUGCUGAUAUGAUCAAUUUAGAAGAUGGAUCCUUAAAGGCGUGCGGUACCCUCGCAGAUGGGAUUGAUUUCAACACAUUCCAUACGAUCUUCACUACACCUAUUCUUGAGUACAUGCCACCACCUGAGAUCCCAGUGUCUUUAGUGAGAGUGGUACAAAUUCUACAGCUCAUGUAUCAUAUGGCUCUGGAUGCUUUUGACAAGGCAUCUGUUCCAAGUUUCACACCACCAAGCAUUGGGACCUGUAAUGAUAACAAAGUACUUGAUAUUUCACCCAGCAGUAAGCGACCAGUUGCUGGUUUGAAUCUGGGACCAGCACCAACUGAGCCAGUAAUUGUUCAUUCUGGUGUGGUGACAGCUCUUCUUCAUUUGCUUCCAUCUAUACAGCAUCCAUCCCAUCCACAAAUGGCAUGUGUUCUUCAGUUGUAUACGGCUCAUCUGAUAAAGGCACUUGAAGUGCUCAGUAUUGCAGAGAGUAGGACACUGCUGAUUCUCAUAUUUGUAAGAGAAAAUUGUAAGGAGGGGAGCAGACAAACUAUAUUGUACACUGUAGCAGGAAGGCAGGCUUUGGAGGAAAUGAAGUAUAUCUUUCAUGUUGGUAACUUAUUCCAUUACCAGUGCAAUGUAAAGGACUUUGAAGUUGAAUUUGCCAUAUUUAUUGUGGGAAUGUUGCCCCCAGUUUCUUCUUUGGUUCGGACUGAGCGCAAUCAGCAGCUUAUGUGUGAGAGCGGUUUAGUUGGAGAUCUUCUCACCAGAUGCUCGGUAGCGCUGGUCAAUGAAAAGUGCCCUCUACAUGCACCUCUUCAGUAUAUAUUUGAACGAUUAGCAGCUCAAGCAAUACAUCCCAGGGACUUAAGAAUAUUUUUAAGACUGGGAGAGCCACUUAACUCAGUGCCUCUGGAUGAAAUUGAUAUUGCAGCAGGUCAGUCACCCUGCAAUGGACCAGUGCCUCUGACCCGCAUUAAAACUCUUGUUUCCAUGACAACUCCCAGAGACUUUAGAGUUGGAACUUUGGUUUAUCCAUCCUUUGUUGAGUUUGACAUGGGCGCUGAAGGAUUUGGAUGUCUGUUUUUACCUUCCAUUGCCCCUCAGAGUGCUGGGGGAGGAUCUGUUGUUGGAUCAGCUCUCUCCAACACUGAACCUAAUGUUAUUGGUGGUAUUGGCACUGGUGAUCGUAUUUUUCCACCACAGACUGGAUUAACGUACAGCACCUGGGUUUGUGUUGAAAAGUACAGUGAUCCCAGAACAGAUCCUCACUGUGUGAGAGUUUUAACUUUGGCGCGACAUGUCCCUGGGCGUGAUCAUCAUCUUGUAUGUCUCUCUAUAGUCAUUUCAGCCAGAGAUAAAGCCUUGAUUGUUUCAACUCAUGAAACCAAUUUACCACAGCCCGGUCAAGCUGUGACUGAAUGGGAACCAGAGGUUGUUGGAGAUUUUGGGUGCCGAGUUUGGUGCCCUGAUUUGCUGACAGAGGGUCAGUGGCAUCACCUCACUGUGUCUUUAAGUCGAUCUGUCCUCAAGAAUUCUUCACUGUGCAUUUACAUAGAUGGAAAGAUUGUUACACAGAAGAAACUACACUAUAUUCUUCAGAAUCCAGGCGGAGGUGCAGCGAAUUUGACAAUUGCAUCAUCGGUAUAUGCAUAUGUAGGUACACCACCUGCUUACCGAAGACAUUCAAGACUCGUCUGGAAACAAGGGAGUUGUUUGCUUGUGGAAGAUGUCUUGCAGCAGCAGAUGGUUAGCCAGCUGCAUCAGUUGGGACCACACUACACAGGUUGUCUUCAAGCUGCGCAGAUUCCAGGAUUGGAUGGACAGAGCUCUCAGUCUGUUAAUAGCGUUGCAGAAGAGAAGGUCAUAUUUGGAUUAAAUGCAAUGGCAAUCUCACACCUUACCCUCAACAAAAUCAGGAAAAUGUAUUCAAAGCAAGAUAACAAAAGUAUAGCAAAGCAGCUUGGUAUGUCUUCACAUGAAAAUGCUACGCCAAUCCGUGUUCUUCACAAUUCUGCUGGACAUCUAAGUGGGCCCUCACGAUCCUUAGGAGGGGUUGUCAUUGGCUACCUUGGUGUCCGUGUUUUCUGUCCCAGACCUGUUGCAGCGAUGUUGGACAAUGUUGGAGGAUGCUCAGUACUUCUGGGGUUGGUUGCUAUGUCCAAGGAUGUGGAAUCUCUGUAUGCAGCUGUAAAGGCCUUGUCAUGUGUUAUCAAGACAAGCAAGACUGCACAAAUGGAAAUGAAUCAGAGUUCAGGAUACCAGACCUUGGCACUACUGCUCCGCAAGAAGAAGCCUCUUCUCAACUCACACAUCCUCCAUUUAUGUAUGACCUUAGCUGGAUCAGGGGAGGCGAGGGAAUCAUCUGCCAUACCUAACACACCAGCCUUUAAUGAUUUACUCUGUGAUCUUGAUGUUUGGUCAGAUGCACCUGGAGAGCUUUGCCGUACCUUGCUUGAACACCUUGUAGAAUUGGCAAAAGAAUCAGGGGAAAGGCAUGCUAAUGUGCGCAAAAUGAGAUCUUUGGGGCUGGUAUCAAGACUGUUGCAUCUUCUGUAUGGGCAGACACAAGGAAAAGAUACUAUCUCACAUUCACCAACCAACCAUUCAAUAUCACCAAACAACAUAUCUUCAUCAAACACAUCCUCUUAUUCUGAUAAUAAUCAUUCUACUUCACCUGGUGCAGUAAAUAAUGCAGUGUCACAAACUACGCCUGUCAUAUUCUCAUUAUUGUCUGCAAUGCUUGCAAACAAUCCUAGGCCACAAGAUUUGUUAUGCUUUGGCCAGUUUAUUGUCUCCACUUUACCCAUCUUAAGUUUGUCUGAGAAACACAUUGAACUGAAAACCUCCGAAGAUCAGCGAGAGCUGGACAAUGGGGAUGCCCCUGGUUUAUCUAUGAGGAAUAUUCUAUUGCGUAAUAAAUGCCUAGAAAUUAUUCAUACGCUUCUGUACAAUUCUAACAAAAAUACCAUUCAUCUUGGAUUUUGUGAGGAAGUUGUUAAGGUUUUGGGCCUGGAUUGGGUCCUCCUCUUUGCCCAAGGUCACUUGCAUCCGUCCACAGUGCUUAUUGCUCUUCGCAUGUUAGUGGCACUGCUUUCUAAUUCAGGAAUCCUUCAAAAGUUCCGUGAAGCUUCUCACAAUGGGGGCUGGAUGACGGAUGCACAGCAAGUCACUUCAAAUAAGUUUGGUCAAGUUUUAGGUUACUCAGUUGGAUCAAGUGCUCGAUCCUUGAGUGAGAUCCGUGAAGAUGCAUGGCAUAUGCCAGGUUUUCAACUGUUAACAUGGCUUGUUCCACGCCAUAUUCAUAUACCACAAGUGUAUUAUCUGCUUUUGGCUCUGUUACUUGGUCAACCAGUUAAAAAUGUUCAAAAUAACACAAAGUUAUGUAAAGUAGAAAGCAAUGCAAUUGAAUACGCUGAAAAUUCUGGUGACAGCAGUUGCAUUGUUGAUGAAGGAAAAACUACAGUAGAAAAAAGAAACACAACCAUUAGGCUACUCACAGUAACAGCUUACCACACAUUGGUGGCUAGCAAAAAGCUUGAUCUUGAUAGUAUUUGGACGUUUGUUUUUGGUGUCCCAGCAAGUCAGUGUGCUACUACUAUAUCGGGUAGAGUGUCACUGUGUCCAGAGGCUGCUAUUGCCAUCCUUGCAAUGGUGAGAGCACUGCUUAACCAGGAAGAGAGGGGAAAAGAACUUCCAGAUUGGCUGCAGAGUUACCCAGUUACCCUUAUUCAGUUUCUGAGGUUCCUUUAUCAACAAAAUGGUGACUUCCUGCCAAUUUUCCUUUCGGGAGAUAUUCUUGCAGCUUUAGCAUCAACACUCUUCCCUUAUACUGGUUCAUCGGAACCACCUAGUCUUACUUCUCCUGAAGAAGAAAAAUUUAUUACUGGUGAGGACGUGGUCAUUGUCAAGUGUGAAACAGAUGGAAGCCUAACAAAUCAUCCAGCCAAGAAACAAGUUAUGGACUUCUUGAAGAACUUAGUCGUUGACUCUUUAUCCUUGCCACCUGCCAGCAAAGGACCUAAUACUAUUGACCUGCUAUUGGAGGCCACCCCUGAAAAUAGCAGCCUUGCACAAGUCUGUGAAUUUCAAACACAACUUCUUGGUACUUUAAUGGAGCAUUUGCUUGAUGCUGAUAUUCUAAUUGGUGAAGGAGCAGCAUUGCCUAUAGUUGCAGGGGGCUCUAGUCAGCAUAUAGCUCCAAAUGUGUUUUACUUGGCAGCAAGGAUUGUUGACAAACUCUGGGCAGGUGUUUUUAGUAAAGAUCCCCAUGAAGUAUUUGAUUUUAUCAUCAAGCUGAUCUCUCAAGCGAAGCGACGAGCAUCUGGAAUAAAUCUAGAGUCCAUAUAUCACUGUUUGAAUCGAACAAUCCUAUACCUGCUAUCCCGACCCGCUGAUUCUAUAGCAGCACAGAUGUCUAUAUUAGAGGGAUUACAUAAACUCACUACACAUAGAAGUGUCGUCUUUGGUGCUGGGAAUCAUGAACCUGACUUUGUUGCUUGCCUUACCUACUGUUUAUUGCAACUCACAGCUGACAUCAAAAUCAACACUGAAACAACCAAUAAGUCACUAUGGCAUGUUAACCCUGGUGGGGAGAGAAAUGACCUUGGAACAGGUGACAGUACUAGCAACACCAACACUGGAACUGGGCGAGAUUUUGCUGAAGCCACCGCCACACAGAGUCACAACCUUAUGAUCACAGCUGCAACAAGAGUAUGGGAGGAAUUGUACAUAACAAAGAAGCCAGCUAUUGAGGAGGUCUUUAAAGUAUCAUUAAGUGCGGGAAGUGGGAAGGCUCCAGAGCUUUCUAGUGUAAGAGACCUAGUAAAUGAAGCAUCUCAUCGGUUAUGGAUAGCUUUCCUUGAGGGAGAGAAAAAGCAGUCAUAUCGUCUUCCAUGGGAGAUACCCACUCAAAUACAGAGUGUCACAAAUAAACUACAGAAGGUUACUGGAGGGUUGACUCGACUUGCAUCACGAACCAAGAGCCGCCGGGAAGAUAGUAUAGCUGUACGGAAAAGUUAA